AUGAUAAGUAAUGUGACUGUUCAUAAUAAUCCAGCAAAAUUCUUAUCGAAUUAUACAUUUGAAAUUAAAUUUGAAUGUUUAGAACAAUUAACACAAGAACUUGAAUUUAAACUUGUUUAUGUGGGUGAUGCAAAAGAAGAUAAACAAGAUCAAGUACUUGAUGUUGUCGUUAUUGAUGCUGUAGCUCCAGGAACAUAUAAAUUUGUAUUUGAAGCUCCACCACCGGAUCCAAAAAAAUUACCAAAUGAUAGUGAUGUUGAUGUAUCAGUUAUUCUUCUUUUGGCAUUAUAUCGUAAUCAAGAAUUUGCACGUGUAGGAUAUUAUGUAUUUACUGAAUAUGAUGAUCCAGAAUUACGAGAAAAUCCACCAGUUAAAGUUGAUUUUGAAAAAUUAAAUCGAAAUAUUGCAGUUGAUGAACCUCGAGUAACAACAUUUCCAAUAAUAUGGGAUGAACAACAACCAACUGAUCAACUUGUCUUUGCUGAAUUAACUGAAGAAGAAAAGAAAAUGGCUGAAACGAAUGAAGAACUUGAAAUAUGUCAUAGUUUAGAAAAUGUUAAUUGUGCUAAUGAUACACCAAGUGAAUCAACUGAUACGAAAAUUACAAACGAACCAAUGGCAUCAACUGAAUUAAAAACAAUAAAUGAACCAAUUGAACCAUCAAACUCAAUGGAUUAA